CUUCACUCGUACACUUCAACACUCUUCUCUAGACAUCCUCUUAUCACCUCCUAGACACAAUGGAGGAGAUUGGAAUUGACCUCAAGCUCGAGGACCCCACCCUCGCUGCCCAGAUCUCGGAGAAGCAGGCCCUCUACUCUUCCCUCCCUGCCAGCGACGACGAGCUCUACACGACUUGGAGGAAGCUCGAGGCCCACCGCGAGUUCCUCCAGCUCCAGGAGGACUACAUUCGUGAUGAGACCAAGAACCUCCGCCAGGAGCUCCUCCGUGCCCAGGAGGAGGUCAAGCGCAUCCAGUCGGUCCCUCUAGUCAUCGGCCAGUUCCUCGAGGCCGUCGACGAGCGCCGCGGCAUCGUCGGCAGCACCACUGGCUCCAACUACGUCGUCCGCAUCCUCUCCACCCUCGACCGCGAGCUUCUCAAGCCGUCUUCCUCGGUUGCUCUUCACCGCCACUCGAACGCCCUGGUUGACAUCCUCCCACCAGAGGCCGACUCGUCGAUCUCGAUGCUUGGCGCUGAUGAGAGGCCAGACGUCAAGUACUCGGACGUCGGUGGUCUUGACCAGCAGAAGCAGGAGAUUCGCGAGGCCGUUGAGCUGCCUCUUGUCCAGAUGGACCUCUACCGCAAGAUCGGUAUUGACCCUCCUCGUGGUGUCCUCCUCUACGGUCCUCCAGGAACCGGCAAGACCAUGCUGGUCAAGGCUGUUGCCAACGCUACCACUGCGUCGUUCAUCCGUGUCGUCGGCUCCGAGUUUGUCCAGAAGUACCUCGGUGAAGGCCCCCGUAUGGUUCGUGAUGUCUUCCGAUUGGCACGAGAGAACUCUCCCUGCAUCAUCUUUAUCGACGAAGUCGACGCCAUCGCUACCAAGCGUUUCGAUGCCCAGACCGGCUCGGACCGUGAAGUCCAGCGUAUUCUCCUCGAGCUCCUCAACCAGAUGGACGGUUUCGACCAGACUACCAAUGUCAAGGUCAUCAUGGCUACCAACCGUCAGGACACGCUCGACCCCGCUCUCCUCCGCCCCGGUCGCCUUGACCGCAAGAUCGAGUUCCCCAACCCGUCGCGUCGUGAGCGCCGUCUCAUCUUCCAGACGGUCACGUCGAAGAUGAACCUCGGCCCCGAUGUUGACCUCGAGGACUACGUCUCGAGGCCAGACAAGCUUAGCUCGGCCGAGAUUGCCUCCAUCUGCCAGGCUGCCGGUCUUCAGGCUGUCCGCAAGAACCGUUACGUCGUCUUGCCCGUCGACUUUGAGGAGGCUUGGAAGUCCACGGUCAAGAGGUCAGAGGACCGUCACGAGUUCUACCGAUAGUUUGUCGUACAUGGAUAAAUGCAGUAUACAUCAACAAGAGCCCCCGGUUUCCAGCGUCCGCUCCCCUCUCCUUCCCAUCCCGCUCCACGACCCACAUGCUCACCCUCAUCUCGGUGCCGCGCGUCUGGUCACCGGAGCGCAGAGCGAUUGGCUUUUAGCCUCGCGGCGUUCAUUUGCUACCCCCAUGCGGCUUUGUCCAAGUCAACAUGGAUGGUACUUCACAGGCGCCGCUCAGUCAAAUACCAUGACUGAUGCGAUCUGUUCCUCCCCCCCCCUGCGAUGCUUACUGACGACGAGAGGGGCCUCUUUCUUCGUGUAAACAGUGAGUUUGGGCUGUGCAUCCUUAAAG